AUGUCCAUCACGAUCCCUCCGCUUGCCAAUCUAUGCGAAACAUGUCGAGUCCUCGAAUUCGACGACUUUAUCUGGCCGGGUGCGCAUCAGGCGGGAUCCAAAGCGGAGGGACAUUACCUCGAAGUUCCAGUCGAUUGGCAAAAGCCUCUAACUAGGCUUGUCAAGCUAGACUUUUUCGUAGUUGAUUCUCUACCAGACUUAGACAGGCUUGAUCAUACCGCGAAAAAAGGAUGUGGGUUCUGUAGCGUGCUGAGGAGAAGUAUCCAGAAGUAUGCCAAGGCCGGUUUUGACGAGGUGCUGAUUUCUCUAUUUUAUCAAUGGUACCCAUUCAACGAUCUCGAUCCUAAUAGACCUAUUGGGUUGAAGUCUUUGAUAGCCCAGUUGCUAUGGAUCGGGACAGAUGAAAAUGGUGGUCAUCUAAACUUAUCAACGUGGCUACAUUUUGGCGUUGACUCCCCUCCAAGUUCCUGUGCUCGGUGGUUGAGACUUGACUCCUCUCCCAAAGAUGAGGCUCUAUGCCCCGAAAACCUCGGCAUGGUCCUGCGCAAUCUUCAAAAUCGCAAACAGUCGCUAAAUACAGACCUCGAAUAUCCAACUCGUCUUAUUUACAUAGGUACUGAUAAGCGACCAACAUCAUGUCGGCUUAUUGAUACGACUGUGGAUACUACGUUUAAAAAAUCUUCUCGAACACCAUAUGUCGCGUUUAGCUACUGUUGGGGGCCUCUAGACGAUGCCGCCAAGCAAUUUAAGACGGAGAAAUAUUCGUUGGAUGAUAGAAUUGGUGGCUUCGAGCUUGACGAAGUUUCGCCGGUCCUUCGCGAUGCUAUUCUAACCACACGAGCUCUGGUGAUUCAAUAUCUCUGGAUGGAUGCUGUCUGCAUUAUCCAGAAUGAUUUAGAAGACUGGGAGAAGGAGUCUUCACGAAUGUCUAUCGUCUACGAAACUGCUGCCGUAACCGUCUGUACACCCGCUUCAACAUCGUGCCAACAAGGAUUCCUAAACAGAGACUGGACUAUGACUAGCAUAAGAUACCAAUCGAAGAUGAACAAGGCUAUAUCUGGGUCAUACAUUCUACGGCUUGUUGGUGAAGUACCCAACCCCUCCGAUGCGACUUUUAAUUGUUUCUUCUAUUCUAUUCUGCGCAGUGAUUGGGCUCAGCGUGGAUGGGUGCUCCAGGAAUAUCAAUUGGCCCAGACGGUGGUUAUUUUCGGUAGAACGAAACUGCAUGGCAUUACCGAAAAUGGGCAGCAAUCAGAAACAUGCGAAUCAGUGAGGAGACUAGGGCCCAGUUUGGAUAAAUCUUUCUAUCAGCAGAACUGGGAUUAUUGGGAAAGAUAUACGAAUUGGAUGAAUCUGAUCACUGAGUAUUCGAAACGAAAGUUGACUAAUCAUUCUGAUAAACUUCCAGCCAUCUCGGGACUCGCAAGCCGUUUAUUCGACAGCUCUUCGAAAACUUACCUAGCCGGGCUUGUCAACUUACAUGUCGAUUUAUUUUGGAUUAAUGUCAGGUUCAGGGCCCCCCAAAUCGAAGCCGAAUCCAAUGUUAUCGGGGCAUCAACAUCAAUGAGUGGCUUGAACCCAUAUGGAGCUGUUAAUGGAGGUACACUGGUCAUGGAAAGUAUAGUUAUACCUCUUGUGUUGCACGUUGAGCCCUUAGGAUUAAGUCAUGAACGAUCGCAAGAAAACAAGCCCGGCGGAUACGUUGCUGAUAUAAGCCUUGAUUGGGAUAUAUUCGAGAGCACGGAGCCUUUUGAUGAAUUGUCAUUGGUGUUGAUUGGGAGUCGAGAAGUUAAGGAAGACUUCAUUUGGGUCGAUGCUCGAAUACAUCAUUGGACAGAAGGGGGAGUAGAAAAAUAUGAGAACACUAGCCUUUGGAUUGCCGGGGGGGGGUUCCCAGCCAUAGGCGUGGGAACAUAA